AUGAAGCCAUCGAUUUGGUCUGCCAUAGUUCUCCUCCUCGUCCUUGUACCAACGACGAUCUCUCACGACUACUCCGAUGCUCUCACGAAGUCCAUCCUCUUCUUCGAAGGUCAACGCUCUGGUUAUCUUCCAAGCAAUCAAAGGAUGACGUGGCGCCGUCACUCCGCACUCAAGGACGGCGAAAACCUCAAUGCCGACCUCGUUGGUGGUUACUACGACGCUGGAGACAACAUUAAGUUCCACUUUCCGAUGGCUUUUUCGAUUACGAUGCUUGCGUGGAGCGCUAACGACUUCGGAAGUUACAUGUCUCCGGCUGAUCUCCGUGACAACCACGUUGCUCUCCGCUGGGGAACCGAUUAUCUCCUUAAGACCGUUUCGCAACUCCCUAAUCGCAUCUUCGUCCAAGUAGGUGAAGCAACACCGGAUCAUCAGUGUUGGGAGAGACCAGAGGAUAUGGACACACCACGUACUGCUUACGCUGUGGAAGCACCGAACCCAGCCUCUGAUUUAGCGGGAGAAGUCGCAGCUGCGUUAGCAGCCGCCUCAAUCGCAUUCAGACGAUUUGAUCCUAUAUAUUCUCAAUUGUUGCUCGAUAACGCUAUAAAAACUUUUGAUGUAAACGGAUAUGAGGAUGAGUUAUUAUGGGGAGCUGCAUGGCUGAGAAGAGCGACCGGUCAAGAUUCUUACUUAAAAUACUUAGUGGACAAUCGUCUAUCUUUCGGGGAAGAUUUUAAUUACUUCGAGUUUGGAUGGGAUAACAAAGUUGGGGGCAUCAAUGUUCUCGUUGCAAAGGAAGUAUUUGAGAAGAAUGUAGCUGCGAUUGCACCUUAUAAGGAUACAGCGGAAAAAUUGAUGUGUUCAUAUUUUCUGGAAACUCCGGGUUCACAUAUGAGGUACUCUCCCGGUGGCCUUCUUUACAAACCAGGAAGCAGCCAGCUCCAAAACACCGUCGCAUUGACUUUUCUCCUUCUCACCUACGCCAAUUACCUCUCUAAAUCCUCUCAACAACUCCAGUGUGGUAGUCUCAGUAUCCAACCUGAUUCCCUCCAUCGCUUGGCCAAACGACAAGUGGAUUACAUUUUGGGAGAUAAUCCGAUGAAAAUGUCAUACAUGAUCGGGUACGGUAGUCGGUAUCCGCAACAAAUCCAUCACCGCGGUGCAUCCUCACCGUCUAAAAAGACUCAUCCCACGGCCAUCAAAUGCUCAGAAGGAUGGAUUAAUGUUUUCACAUCACCAAAUCCAGACCCCAACAUUUUAGUAGGUGCGGUGAUCGGGGGACCUGACAUAGAUGACAAAUUCAUAGGAGGUCGGACAAAUGCAAGUGAGACGGAGCCGACGACUUACAUCAAUGCACCUAUCGUUGGUGUCUUGGCUUAUUUUAAGGCCAACCCAAUGUUAGACGACUCUCGCUUUUUAAGAUUUUUCAAAAGAUUUGUAACUAAAUCAAAAAGUUCAACUACGAACUGA